GUGAUCCGUAGACACGACCAAGAGGAGAAACUGCUGUGCCUGGUGCGACACCGGGCCGGCCACCACUGCCAGAAUGCCGUCAUCAUCAUCCUGAUCCUGGCCUGGGAGGGCAUCCCCCGCACGCUGGGCGACACGCUGUACCAGGAGCUCACCGACACCCUCACUAAAUCCGGCAAGCCCACCAGCAGACGGUGUCCCUCCCGCAGCCGGACCUGUGCGUGCCAAGGCAAGGACCCCAACACCUGCGGCGCUUCCUUCUCCUUCGGCUGCUCUUGGAGCAUGUAUUUUAAUGGCUGCAAAUACGCCCGGAGCAAAACUCCCCGCAAGUUCAGGCUGGUGGGGGACAAUCCCAAAGAGGAAGAGCUGCUCCGGAAAAGCUUUCAGGACUUGGCGACCGAGGUUGCUCCGCUUUACAAGAGGCUGGCAGCCCUCUCCUCCUUCCUCCAGGUUACCAACGAGGAUGUAGCAAUAGACUGCCGGCUGGGCUUGAAGGAGGGGAGGCCGUUCUCGGGAGUGACGGCGUGCAUGGACUUCUGCGCUCACGCUCACAAAGAUCAGCAUAACCUCUACAAUGGCUGCACAGUGGUAAGCGGGCGGCCGGCGGGGCUCUACAAUGGCUGCACAGUGGUAAGCGGGUGGCCGGCGGGGCUUUUGGGGAUGCUCCCCUCCCAUUUCGGGAUGCUCCUUUUGGAACAACACAAGAUGUCCAGCACGGAUGAGUUCGGCAGCGAGGAGAACCAAAACGCCAAGGUGGGCAGCGGGGCCAUCCAGGUGCUUACGUCCUUCCCCCGCGAGGUCCGCAAGCUGCCUGAGCCCGCCAAGUCCUGCCGGCAGGUGGAGCGAAAAAACGCCGCCGCGGAGAAGAAGAAACUGCAGAAAGAGAAGCUGAUGACGCCUGAGAAGAUCAAGCAGGAGGUGCUCGAGCUCCCCACGCUCCAGCAAAAUGCAGGUAAUGGGGGCAGAGCCGAGCGUCCGUUGAACCCUUCCAUCAAGGUGGAGCCCCAGAGCCAUUACAACGCCUUCAAGUACAACGGCAACGCGGUGGUGGAGAGCUACUCGGUGCUGGGGAGCUGCCGGCCCUCCGACCCGUACAGCAUGAACAGUGUUUACUCUUACCAUUCCUACUAUGCACAGCCCAAUCUGCCUUCCGUGAACGGGUUUCACUCCAAGUUCACGCUUCCCUCCUUCGGGUAUUACGGCUUUUCCAGCAACCACGUGUUCCCCUCGCAGUUUCUGAAUUACGGGGCGCCCGAGAGGAGCGGGAGCAGCUGG